AGCGAGUGCACGUAUAUACACAUAGGGAGGGUAGUAGACAGCGGGGGGCGCGGUGCAGUGGCACUGAACGAGAGAGAGAGAGAGAGUGAGUGCACACACCGAGAGCCGAGACUCGUCGUCAGCUUUUCGACGGACGUCUUUUUUGCAUUAAUAUACCCUUUUGCACCUGCCUGCCUGUGCUUAGUCUGUGUCGUAUAUAGUUAAUGUGUCAGUGCAGUUCGAUCGGCAGCGUAUAUUAACACCCUCUGUACAAGCUCUUCGUCUCUGUGCGCGCGACGACACGACCGCUCGUGCGUGUGCUCGACUACGGAAAAAUUGACCAAGUGGCCUUGGCGUUGUAGUUUUUUUUUUUUGUUUUUUUUUUUAAAUUAUAAAUAAAAAUAAUAGUUGAUAGUUGAGUGAAGCCCACCACCGUUGAGCGCGGAGGAUGUUGCAGCAGGUCGCGGGUGGCGCCCGCUCGUUCCAGCGCCGCCGACGCUGCUGCUACCUCGCUCCGACCUAAUGUCAGAAGAGAAGAGCUAGCUUGGCUGCAAGCUGCAGCGCGGGAGAGUCUCGAGAGAGAGCCGCUCCUAUAUUUUGUGAUAUAUAGGCAGCCAGUGCGUUCCUCGCGGAGUUCGACGGAGGGCAAUAGCCCACCCCCCAUCACUGCCCUGGAGUCGAGUCAGCCAACUCGAUAGUCGUCGGCGGAUAGAGGUGGAUUCCGCGCGCAAGGAUAAAACUGCUACUACUGCUGCUGCUGCGCUCCGGAAAAGGAGCCAUAAGUCGAGAACAAUUGGAUCGUCCGAGUAUCCGCCUUUCUCUCUCUAUAUAUAGAAAGGAGAGGAGGUUGAUACCUACCCUCGAGUGUUCGACACAACUGCCCACGAUCGGCUGUGCUGCCCACCGCUGAUGGGUUUUCUGCCUUAAUUUUUUGUACAUCAAGAAGUAUAGAAGAGGAGAAAAGUGGAGCAGCGCGAGUGUGUGAUUUUUUUUCCGCUUCGUAAUUAGGGAGUCUCCUCGUCGUCACAAUGGGCUCAAUGGGAAUUGCAGACACUAUAAAUAAGUCUUUUCAAGGGCUGACGUUCUUCCUGUCGUACGCGAUACUCGCAGCGGUGCUGGGCAUGCUGCAGUUCGGCUACAACACCGGAGUGAUCAAUGCGCCAGAAAAGAAUAUCGAGGACUUCAUCAAGGGCGUGUACAAGGGCCGCUACGGCGAGGAGAUAGCCCAGGAAUCGGUGCAGCGCAUGUACUCGGUGGCGGUCUCGAUCUUCGCCAUCGGCGGCAUGCUCGGCGGCUUCGUCGGCGGCAUGAUCGCCAAUCGAUUCGGUCGCAAGGGCGGCCUGCUGCUCAACAACGUCGUGGGCAUCGCCGGCGCCUGCCUCAUGUUCUGCGCCAAGUUGGCCAGCUCGUACGAGAUGCUGUUCGUCGGCCGCUUCGUCAUCGGCAUCAAUUGCGGCCUGCACACCAGCCUCGUGCCCAUGUACAUAUCGGAGAUCGCACCGUUGAAUUUGAGAGGUGGUUUGGGCACGAUAAAUCAGCUGGCCGUGACCAUUGGACUGCUGCUGUCGCAGAUCUUGGGUAUAGAGCAGAUUUUGGGCACGGAGGACGGAUGGCCGCUGCUCUUGGGGUUGGCAGUGUGUCCAGCCGUGCUGCAGCUGGUGCUGCUGCCCUUCUGUCCCGAAUCUCCCAGGUACCUGCUCAUUACGAAGCAGUGGGAGGAGGAGGCGCGCAAGGCGCUGCGCAAGCUGCGCGCCAGCAAUCAGGUCGAGGAGGACAUCGAGGAGAUGCGAGCGGAGGAGCGGGCCCAGCAGGCCGAGUCGACCAUAUCCAUGACCGAGCUGAUCUGCAGCCCCACGCUGAGGGCGCCCCUCGUCAUCGGCAUAGUGAUGCAGCUGUCCCAGCAGCUGUCGGGCAUCAAUGCAGUUUUUUACUACUCGACGUCGCUGUUCUCGUCCUCGGGUCUGCCCCAGGAGCGGGCGAAAUUCGCCACGAUCGGCAUCGGCGUCAUCAUGGUGAUCAUGACCCUCGUCUCGAUCCCGCUGAUGGACCGCACCGGCCGCAGGACCCUCCACCUAUACGGCCUCGGCGGCAUGUUUAUCUUUUCCAUAUUCAUCACCAUUUCGUUCCUGAUAAAGGAGUUUUUUGGUUACGUGCAGGAAAUGAUCGACUGGAUGUCGUACCUGUCGGUGGUGUCGAUCCUCAGCUUCGUCGUGUUCUUCGCCGUGGGGCCGGGCUCGAUACCCUGGAUGAUCACCGCCGAGCUGUUCUCGCAGGGCCCGCGGCCCGCCGCCAUGUCCAUCGCCGUGCUGGUCAACUGGAUGGCCAAUUUCCUCGUCGGAAUCUGCUUCCCGAGCAUGCAUAAUCACCUUGACAACUACACGUUCCUACCGUUCAGUGCAUUCUUAGCGAUUUUCUGGAUCUUCACGUACAAGAAGGUGCCGGAAACGAAGAACAAGACCUUCGAAGAGAUUCUAUCGUUGUUCAGGCACGGCAACGGCAGAUUUUAUUCUUAUGAAAACAGGAGCAGUUUGCGGGACAGCAGAAUUUAUGGGAGCAUGUUAAACUGCGUCAAUUCGUUAGAAGGACACAUACCAACGGCGGAGAACACGGCCUUCAUGGCGGUCGAAGAAAAGCCACGUCCAGACACAUACUUCUCUACUACGUUUGAAAAUAAUUCAAAUUGUGUUUACAGAUGGCUUAGAUCGCUUUUCAAGCGACGCGGCUCGUCCCGCUCAACCGGAGAGGCCACCGCCCCCGCUUCCCCCGCCACGCUAUCCGAACAACGCUGUCUGACACUGGGCAGCUCGAUCGCUUAAUCGUUGUUGUGGCCUGAUGAUGAAGCUGCUGCUCCUGGUGGCCGACGACUUCGUCCUUGGAGAGAAAGGGCAUCGACUACUACAGCCACUGCCAUCGUCGCUACGCUGAAUUGAGACUAUUUAAUACGUAUAGUAGGCUUGAAUUUAUUAUUAUUGUUGUUGUAUCGUGUAUGUAUGUAUACCGUACGCCGGGCCAGUGCGUUUACCUGUACUACUUGUUAGCAGUGGUGGGCUAUCGACGAGUCCAGCUUCUCGAGGCUCCAGUUCGUUCGUUCGUUCGUCGCCGUCGUUCGAGGAUGAUGAUGAAUUUUAUAAUAUACGCGCGCGCCAAAUAUACAGAAAAUAUAAUCAGUGCCUAUCUAUCUCUAUAUCUAUAACGUUGGAUGAGUCCGAUCGCAUUUUUGUUGAAUUUUCGCUUGACUACUACGUCCUCUUCCCUGUUUUUUAUAUAAAAUUUCGUUUUAGGAAUCGCCUACCGUAGAACAAAAAGUUGUGAGAAAAAAAAAACAAACCAAAAAAAAAAAAUGAAAACAAAAAUAAAAAAGGCUUGUAACGAGUGACGACGACGACGACGACGGCGGCGACUCGAUACGCUGAUCUCGCGAUGCUUUACCAUUUAUAUCACGACGAAGCGUAUGUAAUGCGAACUACGAAACGAAGAGAGAAAUAAUGAUAAUGACGUGUGUAUGUGAGAGGAAGGUUUCCGCCGUUUUCGAUCGAUUGUCGUUUUAAUACUGUAACUAAAAGCCGCUAAAGUAUUCGAUACACGUACUUUGAUUACCGUUAUACUUUUUGAAACUGACAGAAAAAAAAAGACACACGUGCGCGCGCAUCUGCCUCAAGUCAAUAAAAAAAAAACGAACGUUCUACUCAAGAUGCAUCAUCAACUGUUAUAUAUCCUUUACGAGUCUUUGGUCUGUACAGUCAAUCGGUUUUAACGAGUCGCGUUAUUGGGCUUUGACAAUUAUGCUUUCGAGAAUAUUUUUAAUUAUCAUCGUGCCUUGUAAAGAAAGACGAAAAAAAAAAGAGGAAAAAGAUUUUUAAA